AUGUACGAGGACUUUUGUAUAGAGGAGAACUACUGUAAAUACGAGGACUGCUGUAUGUACGAGGACUGCUGUAUGAACGAGGACUGCUGUACGUACGAGGACUACUGUAUGUAUGAGGACUGCUGUUUGUACGAGGACUACUGUAUGUACGAGGACUACUGUAUGUACGACUACUGUAUGCAUGGGGACUACUGUAUGUAUUGGGACUACUGUAUGCACGAGGAUUGCUGUAUGUACGAGGACUGCUGUAUGAACGAGGACUGCUGUAUGUACGACGACUACUGUAUGUACGAGGACUGCUGUUUGUACGAGGACUACUGUAUGUACGAGGACUACUGUAUGUACGACUACUGUAUGCAUGGGGACUACUGUAUGUAUUGGGACUACUGUAUGCACGAGGAUUGCUGUAUGUACGAGGACUGCUGUAUGUACAAGGACUACAGUAUGUUCGAGGACUACUGUAUGUAUGAGGACUAUUGUAUAAACGAGGACUGCUGUAUGUACGAGGACUGCUGUAUGUACGAGGACUACUAUAUGUACGAGGACUACUGUAUGUACGAGGACUACUGUAUGUAUGGGGAAUGCUGUAUGUAUGGGAAUGCUGUACAAGGACUACUUAUGUACGAUAACUACUGUAUGUUUGAGGAAUGCUGUAUGUACAAGGACUACUGUAUGUUCGAGGACUACUGUAUGUAUGGGGACUAUUGUAUGUACGAGGACUACUGUAUGUACGAGGACUACUGUAUGUUCGAGGACUGUUGUAUGUACGGGGACUACUGUAUGUACAAGGACUACUGUAUGUACGAUAACUACUGUAUGUAUGAGGAAUGCUGUAUGUACAAGGACUACUGUAUGUUCGAGGACUGCUGUAUGUAUGGGGACUACUGUAUGUACGAGGACUACUGUAUGUACGAGGACUACUGUAUGUAA